CAAACGAUGGCUCAAACCAGCACCACCACCGUCACGAGACGGGGAACCUUGUUCUCUUUCCCGUUCGUCUUGCUAUAAGAACUCGCCUACAUGUCCCUUCAAAUCCUCCCAUCCCAACCCAAAGCAAAGCAAACCAAACCAUCACACACGUCCAUCUCUCUCCUGUUCUCUUUCAACUCCAUUCACCUCAUUCUCCAUCUGUGCUCUGCAAAGUAGGAGAACAAGAAGCCAUGGUGCUCUCCAAGACCGCCUCUCAAACCGACGUGUCCGUCCACUCCACCUUCGCCUCUCGCUACGUCCGCGACGCCCUUCCCAGGUUUCGGAUGCCGGAGAAUUCGAUACCGAAGGAGGCGGCGUACCAGAUCAUCAACGACGAGCUGAUGCUGGACGGCAACCCGCGGCUGAACCUGGCAUCCUUCGUCACCACGUGGAUGGAGCCGGAGUGCGACAAGCUCAUCAUGGCUGCCAUCAACAAGAACUACGUCGACAUGGACGAGUACCCUGUCACCACUGAGCUCCAGAACCGAUGCGUGAACAUGAUUGCGCAUCUCUUCAAUGCACCUCUCGGCGAGUCGGAGGCCGCCGUCGGCGUCGGCACCGUCGGUUCCUCCGAAGCCAUAAUGCUCGCUGGAUUGGCCUUCAAGAGAAAAUGGCAGAACAGAAGGAAGGCUGAAGGGAAGCCUUACGACAAGCCUAACAUCGUCACCGGUGCCAACGUCCAAGUUUGCUGGGAGAAGUUUGCGAGGUACUUCGAGGUGGAACUGAAGGAGGUCAAGCUGAGGGACGGCUACUACGUCAUGGACCCGAAGAAGGCGGUGGAGCUGGUGGACGAGAACACCAUUUGCGUCGCCGCAAUCCUCGGCUCCACGCUCAAUGGAGAAUUCGAAGAUGUCAAGCUUCUCAAUGACCUCCUGGCUGAGAAGAACAAGAAAAAAGGAUGGGACACGCCGAUCCAUGUGGACGCGGCGAGCGGCGGGUUCAUCGCGCCGUUCCUGUACCCGGAGCUGGAGUGGGAUUUCCGGCUGCCGCUGGUGAAGAGCAUCAACGUGAGCGGGCACAAGUACGGGCUGGUGUACGCCGGCAUCGGGUGGGUGAUAUGGAGGAGCAAGGACGACUUGCCCGAAGAGCUCAUCUUCCACAUCAAUUACCUCGGCGCCGAUCAACCCACCUUCACUCUCAACUUCUCCAAAGGAUCUAGUCAGGUCAUUGCACAAUACUACCAGCUAAUUCGACUGGGUUACGAGGGAUACAAGAAUGUAAUGGAGAACUGCCAGGAAAACGCCAUGGUGCUGAAACGAGGGCUGGAGAGGACAGGGCGGUUCGACAUCGUCUCCAAGGACAACGGCGUGCCGCUGGUGGCGUUCUCGCUGAAGGACCGAAGCCGGCACGACGAGUUCGAGGUGUCAGACUUCCUGCGCCGGUUCGGGUGGAUCGUGCCGGCGUACACGAUGCCGCCGGACGCACAGCACGUCACGGUACUCCGCGUCGUCAUCCGCGAGGACUUCAGCCGCACGCUGGCAGAGCGGCUCGUGAUGGACGUGCAGAAGGUCCUGCACGAGCUCGACUCGCUGCCGCCUAAACAGCCCAAGGUCAACGGCCACCCACACCACCACCGCAACGGGACGAUCCCCAAGAAGUCGGAGCUCGAGACGCAGCGGUCCGUCACCGACGCUUGGAAGAAGUUCGUCAUGGCCAAGAAGACCACCAACAUCGUCUGCUAGUACUUACAAGUUAUUACCAGACAUUAUUACGAUUAAGAGGAUUGCUUCUUUUUGUUGUGUACGCUGUUUUAGAGGGACACGAAUUGGCAACACUUGCCAUACGGUUAUUGUUCAAGAGCUAAAUAAUAUGGUGUUUCAUCAA